AUGCAUCACAAUCGUCAGUUAGAUGUGUAUGCUAUCGACGGGCAAAAAAUUGUUCAAGAGUCAAGUGUUCAAGUGCUGGAAGAUGAAUUCGCUCAAUAUUGCCUUCUCGAGUUUACUGCUUCUGGAUCACUUCUGUUAUCUACUAGAAGUAGCGCUGAGAUUGAUGUUUUUGAUCACCAAGGCGGAUAUUGCUACGAUAUACCUUUGGAAGCUCCCCAAACCAAUUUAGAUUUGGUCUGCGCUAUAUCUGCUAUAAGAACUGUAGCAAAUACCUCUUCAGAUGAGAAAUACCUUGAUAUUUUAUAUGCUCUCCAGUAUAAUGGUACAAUGUCCGUCUUCAAAAUUGGGCGACUUACGAGAUAUCAAAAACUUUGGUCCAUUUCCCUUGACAUUGGUCUUGCUGGGAGCUUCUGCGUGCUCCCUGACUAUAAUCUUCUUCUGGUUUCUGCUCAUUAUCGUGCAUCCUCUGAAGACAUCUUGCCAGGUGGACUUUGUUCAUUCCGCUUGACGGACAGCGAUCCUUUUGUCGAACCCAUAAGGGUAGCAGACGAUCAAGGCGGCUGGCUGUCGCGACUUCCAUUCAGCUCAGCUUCGUAUGCAUACUUAGUGUCAAUAUCGAUGAAUGAAUCUUCUUCAAAAAUGGCAGCGGUCUCUAGCAACGGCGACUUCUUUUUAUUUGAUGGCUUUAGAUUUUUGGCGCUAGUUCACUUUACCGUGAAAACGAAGGUUGUUUUCGUCAAUGUACGUUUCCAGAUUCCAUCUACCCGAAUUGUCUUUCAAGUAAAGUACAUCUCAGGACCUCGGCCUGUGCAAGCCGUUUUUGUUGAAAAUGAGGAAGUUGGUUUGCUAUUCCACUCGGGCGAAAUGGUAAGGAGCUCGUUGGAUGAGCUUAAAGAUGCAAUAUACGCCGUCCAAUACACCGAAAAGUACACAUCGCGAACGACUCUAGUUGCACCUCGUAAUCGCGACCUCUUCAUUUUGGCUACGGAUGCUGGCAGUGAGACUCUACGUGAAGUAGCGCUUCAACGUACUUCUCUGGCAUGCCGCUUAUGGAUCUUUACUCUGUGGAGCUCAUUCAAGAAUCUCAUGGGCAUAGCUGCUGGAGAUGCUCCAGCUCCGUUGGAAAAAGCCACCCAUUCUGAAUCAUUGAACUUUGCCCUGCUUCAUGCGCCCACUAGGACUUUGCAAGAGCUGUUUGAGCGAACGUUAAAUGAACGUGACUAUACUCGUGCGAAGAGCCUAGCCGAGAGCUACGACACCAUUGAUAUUGAUAUCGUCCUUAAGCGAGAAUGGCGAGACAUCUGCAAUAGCCAGGCGGUGACUGUGGAAAAUGUUGACACCAUCUUGCGACAAAUACAUGACAAGGAUUGGGUAAUCGAAGCAUGCAGCUCUAGCGAUGCACCUUCCCUGCAAGUUCAACAAGCUCUAGUGGAUUUGGGAACAUCCUUUCCUAGCGCUCCGUUGCUCGCCCAGGUUCGACUCCAUCACAAUGCGCGAAUGCUUAUAGUAUGCGAGGAUGUCAAUGAAUAUAUCGAAGUACGCAAUUUAUCCUGCCUGGAUGCAGCUUUUCGAUUUGCUGAGCGCCUUAAUCUUGUUUCUCUGGAUAGAUUAAUUGAACAGAAUUAUUCGUUGUUGGUACCGUUCAUACUCGAUAUUCUCUCACACAUUCCGCCGAGUGUGCCACCAAAUCGAUAUGAACAUCUGCUUCCAGAGAAGAAUGGAAAAGAAGUGCAAAUAGAUAAGGCACUGAAUGCUCACUUGGACUCUUUAUUUUUGCUUGCUGGUGAAGGGAAAGAAGUUGAGGAAGCUGUGAAAAUUUGUAAUACU